UGUACAAGACAGAUCCGCGUUGCAGCGCUGAUAAGGCGAACGGCCCUACGCACGCGACAGGAGUCAGCAGGAGCCGGCCGGUCGAGAGCAGGCCAAGCGCUUUCGGUUUUCUGCAAGAAAACGCGGCGCAAAAUUAACUGCGAGCGCCUUUUGGACAAUGGACGUUUAUCACAAUCACGUCUGCUUAUGUGGAGAUACCGCCGACCAGUGCAGAACCCACAGUCAAGCGAGGCCGGUGGACGCCGGUGCAUCAGUACGGUCGCGGAAACAGCGGAUCGCUUUCACUAGCGGGACCGUGGAAAUGGGACGCUGACUACAGUUCCGUUACGCAAGUCGAUCACAUUGUCAUGAUCCCUUCUCUUGUGGGCUACAGCUGCCUCUGGAUAACGUGACUCUUUGUAUCAGUUCUGGGUGCUCGAUUCAAGGACAAACUGAAUGAGAAAAACAAAACGGAGAUGAAGCCGCGACAGUAAGUGGACUCUUGUUUGGUGACCUGAACGAAAUAAUUACUCGUAAGCAGUAAAAAGAUGUUUACGGGAAAUGCCGCAUUAGAAACGUUAUCAGCCAACGGACUUACGAAACACCGGCUUGCGGGUCUAUUUGAAAGAGAAGAUCUGGCCUUGUAAUCUGCCGAUAACGGACGGGGCCAGAGAAUUGCAUCUAUCUGCGUGACACAUUCUUCCUUUGGCCGACAGCGCGCAUACUGCACCGAAGUGACCUUGCUGUGAGACUGUGUAGGAAGGAUAUUACCAAAAUACUGUUACCUAUUAUCUCAUAGGGGGUCCGAGUCCAGGUCCGGAGCGAAAAAUACGUACAUUUACCGGUACCUGAAUUAUGCAUGCGGACACUGAAUAAUGCAAUAUACAGUCAACCAAUCCCAGUUUAAAACCGCGAGCUAAUCCAAAUGACCUACUUUGGGUGGGAAUCUAACGCUGACGCUAGUUUUUAAAACCCUUUUUGAUGUGUUUGGCAGGAAACCAUUUGCCGCAUAGCCAUAGAUAUCUAGUAUUUGGAGUUGGAGCAGUCUAAAUGCACCUGGUAGUAUUCUCAACUGAAUGUAGUUUUUUUAAAAUAACGCAGUGAUUUGUAAACGUGCUUCAAAAUUGUACAUCAAGGUAGAACAAGUAGGCUAAAUACAGGAUAAUUCCAGAAUAUAUAGAUCAACUUUGUUAGGUGAAAUGUCCGCGCGUGACGCGCUAACCACGAAGAGCUCUGCACGAGAGCAUGAUUUAUUAACUUGAUGUUUUUUGGAUAUCCGCCAGCCUGUCGCACUUUCACCGGGGCAAAUAAGUCGAAGUGAGUAAAAAACAGAGAAGCAAUGUCACUUGUGCAUUGUUACUCCUCCAUUAACCAAAUUAUAAUUCUCGAGUGCUGUUCUAGCGCCGAAGGUUUACUGUGACGUUAGCAAUGCUUGUCAACUGCAAAAAUACAAAUACUGUGCCCAUGAUCGCUGGACUGUUGGACUUUGGUUUAAAACCAAGCUUCUCUUCCACGUUGUUCAAGCCAUUUUCACUCUCAGUAACUGUCGGUAACUGUAAGGAACAACUGGGCGACUGAGAAGUAAUUUCUAACGGACUUCAGGGUUAUUGAAAUUCUUCUUCUGAGAUAGAUUUAUUUCAGAAGGAUUCGUUUGUUUAGUCUUCGUCACUGUAGACUCUGCUUAUUUUCUCCUGCUGUCAGCGCAAUUCAACUGUCAGGGCUGCCGUCGGAUUAACGAGUCGCUCAGCCAGGCUCUGUCCGCUCCGGCGGCCUUUGUGGUGAAUUGCUUCGCGGGGCCAUUAAAACGUUAAGCGGCAGCCAUGCCGGUAUAAGAACACUCAGGACUGGGAAAGGUGUCAGUGGCGCGUGUUUAAGGACCAAUAAGCCCUCAGAGCGAUCCCUCCUUCCCGCACCCGUCCCGUCCCGCCGAGCCGAGCCAAGCCCAACCGAGCCGAGCCGAGCCGAGCCGAGCCGAGCCAUGUUUCUGAAGAGAAGCCGUCCCACGCAGCCGCUCCUCCGGCACACGGACGUGCCGCCGCGCGUGACGGAGAGCUUCAUCCUCUCGGGCUACCGCUUCCCGGACUACAGCCUGCGCGAGUGCCUGGUCUCCGCCUUCCGGCCCACCAACGAGACCGGCAACUUCUGGACGCACUUCCUGGCCGUCUUCGUCUUCGCCUUCCACUUCCUGGAGCUGUUCGUGUGGGAGGGCACGCUGCCCCUCAGCGACCCGUUCUUCUACCCGUUCUGGAACUACUUCAUCGGGGUGUUCUGCCUGCUGAUGGCCAGCAGCAUGGCGCACCUGCUCAACUCCAUGUCGCUGCUCAUCCGCGAGAUCUGCUUCUUCGUGGACUACGGGAACAUCAGCGCCUACACGGUGGGGUCCGCGCUGGCCUACUUCUACUACAUCCACCCGCAGGCGGGCGCGGUGGGCGAGCGGUGCCCCAAUGCCACCCGGCACGGGCCGGCGGGGGCCACGGGGGGGCCCUUCCUUCCUCUCCCUCCUCCUCCUCCUUCUCCCCCGUCGCCCGAUCUCCACCGUUUCUUCGAGAGCUUCUACAUCCCCAGCGCCUGCCUGGUGGCGCUGAUCUGCACGCUGGCCUGCUGCAACACCAGGCAGCACUGGCGCCGCUAUCGCUACGUCAUCCGCACCACCGUCUUCCUGCUCCCCUUCGUGGUGGCCUCCACCCCCGUGUUUUACCGUCUGCUCCUCUCCUCCUCCUCCUCCUCCUCUUCAUCGUCCUCCCCCCCAUCCUCCUCCUCAUCCUCCUCCUUGCCAUCCCCUUCCGGGACUCUGGCGCAGUACUUCUACCGCCACUGCUUCUGGCUGCUGGCGUCGGCGCUCUUCAACAUCAGCAAGCUGCCGGAGCGCCUGUCGCCGGGCAGGUUCGACGUGUGGGGCCACAGCCACCAGUGGUUCCACUGCUGCACCUUCCUCUCCAUCCUGGACGAGCUGCACAUGAUCAAGGGCGAGAUCCGGGCGCUGGCCCUCCGCCCCGCCCUCUCCCUCUCCCUGCUGGCCCCGUCCGCCCGGCCCCGGUCCCGCCCGCCCAUCGCCGGCCCCACCCUCUGCUCCACCUACGGGGUGAUGUUCGCCCUGCAGGGCUGCAUCGCCGGGAUCAUCUCCUGGUUCGCCUGGCGGGCCAAGGCCUCGCCCUCGCCCUCCGAGCGCCUCAAACUCAACUGAGCGGGGAAAACGAGCCGGGACCGGAGUCUUCAUCGAUUCUUUCUUCUUCUUCUUCAAGUUUUUUUUUUUUUUUUUCCGAUUUUGUGGGUUACUGUCUGUGUCCCUUCUGUGGCAGAAAUCUCAAGACUUAAGUUUUCUUUUGAAGUUUUAAUAUAUCGUGCUUAUAACUUCAUAAAUAGGGCCAUAUGAAUAUGAUGUGCACAUUAAACAUGUUCUUUUCAUUUUAUCUUAAGGAAGCACCUUACGGCCCCCAGUCGUGGGAUUGGGGGACAUCUUUUGUUCAACCCGGUGUGGUUCAGAUGUCAAAAAACAUCUGGUGAGAAUGAAACUUUAAAAAGAAAGGAAAAGAUCAGAGAGGGAACUGCUAUGUCUGUCAGAAAUGUGAAUUUCUCUCGUUGAAAGAAUACGCACAGUGACACAGCUUGUAUUUCCAGGACAAUCCCUGCCUUUUUUUCGUGUUCAAUAACUGUGUGAACUUUGAACUGUGUGUAGUACAUUGGUUGUAUCAGAUGAUGUCAUAUAAGGCUCACAGUGGACCUCUGCCCAUGAAAGGGGGAGUGGCCUAUGUUUAGGAGCUAUUGAAACAUUAACAUUAGUAAGAUAAAUAGUUACUGCUUUAGGUAGGCAGAUUAUUAUCUAACAUAGUUGCUUCUCUCAUUGGGUAGAUAUUCAGGUCGAAGGUUCUUCGGCUGAAGCUCGAAUGAGCUUCAUCCUGAGCCUUAUGAAAGUGUUUCUUAUGUUUUUUUGUUUGUUUUGUUUUUGUUUUUUUUGGUGAUGCUAAUGUGACUAUUUCCUCUCCUGUUCCUACGUGACGCAUGUGCAGUUUUGAGUCCGUAUGAGCUUUUUUUUUUUUAUUGCUUGCAGGGUAUUCGCUUCCAAACCGAUCUUUAAGACCAUUUGCAGUGUGCUGCUAGGGGCUGGGGUUUGGGAAGGGAAGCCUUAGGCCAUUUAGCAUUAGCCAGGGGCAUUGUGGGACCAGCUGUUCAAACACUGCCACAGCCAGCGGUGACACCAAUUAAAACCACUCACGCUCUGCUCUCCUCUCCCAUGGCGCUGGCUGUCCUGUCCUCCCUCUUUUUCCACCCUCCCUCUCACUCCUCUUUUUCCCCUCUGCACGUAUGUAUCUCUCCCCUCCUCCUCCUCCUCCUCCUCUCUCGCUCGCUCGUAUUUCCUCUUUUAUUCUGGGCGAAACCUAGCAACAGGAAGUGAAGUAGCAGACACAACACGAAUGGUGUUUCACUGCAGAAUUAGUCCACUGCAUUUUUUUUUGCACACAAGGGCAGUUUUAGGCAGGGUUUUUGUGUUGCUUGCAUCACCAAUUCCUCAUUAUAAGGAAACAGACAGUACUAGCCGUGCAUCCGCACAACGGUGCACCUGAUGUUAUAACGUCCAGUUCCACUGUUGUUUGAUGGGGUCUGUUCUUUUACUAACAUUAUGAAGGUGGUGUUGUCAAAAGAAAAGAAACUCAAUUCACCUCAGCCCAUAUCUGAAAACCUCCCAGAGGAGUGGACAUCUUAAAAGCUCUACUUUAUGCGGUGAGCUGUGACGUCGUUUGGAAAGACGUUCAAAUUUCUGAAGCGCUGAGUUCUACACUGAAUUCAGAGAGCUUGAGGAAGUGGAGUUUACGGGCUGUGGUUUUUUUUUGUGUGUGUGUGAAAAAAAUGCAGUCUCACUAAAGAACAUGGUGUUUGUGAGAGAAGCUGCUGACUCAAUUGUUAUGUAAUUGUUUUUGUAUUUUUUUUUGCACUUUUCUGUUCUGUGAUCACUCUUUAGCGCCGCCAGUGAGACAGCUAAUGAGCCGGCCUUCUGUUCAUGUUAAAACACCUCCAGAUGGUCUGCUGAAGUCCCGGCCGUUAAGUGACCAGACUGCAAAACGGUCCGUCUUGUCCUCAACACUGGUUUUACCCUCAUUUAAUCCCAGACGUGGACACAGGGGCCUUCGCUGUCCUCUUCACUCUAGUGUACCUGCGUGGGAUAAUCUAAAGCUCUUCAUUUCUGUUGUUCAGAAACAGGUGAAUGGGGGGAAAAAGGAGUGGCACUGUUGUACACCUCUGACCUUUUUUUUUUUUUUUUUUUAGAACUGCUUCGAAGACGUUUUGAUGUUUAAACUAACGGCAGCAACUGUUUUUAAGUUUUCCUCAAGUUGAUUUGCACUGCAGAUUGCACCGGUGAAUCCGAAAGGUUGUACGGGUUAUUGUCCCUUUCUUUUAAAUUGAUUAUUUAUUUAUAAAGCCUGUUGUGAACGUGUCGGCCAGUUAACCAAUCCUCUGCGUUGUUCCGGACCGUGUCAGAGCAUCGCGGGCCAGUCAGGGAGCAGAAGAGCUGGUCAUCAUGUCUCCAGCCAAUCGGAGCGUUACCCUCGAUGGUGACUCAGACCUCAGACCUCGGAGCUGAGUUUCUUUUUUUUUUAAAUCAGAAAUGAGAUGUGAGCCACCCCUUCAGUCAGAAACUGCGGAACGUUGCACUUCCUUCAAAAUGAACCACCUCUCUCUCAUUGGUUCCUACGGAGGGAUCGUUUUCUUUAUACUGGUGUGAUCAGUGCAAGAUUCUUGAUCCGAGGAGUGGAUCAAGGCUUGUGCUACACGGUUUCUUCUCAUUGCUUUCUUCUCCUGUCCCAGGGGGAGAAGAGUUGGCUCUUUGUCUUCAACAAAGAUAUUCUGUGUGCGGAAUGGGGACCAUUGGCCGUGGCUCCUGAAGUGACAGGUUUUUUUUUUGGUACAGUUGCACCUUUACUGUAUAAUAUGCCUCAGGAUGGUGUUUGUAAUAGUCCUUUAUGGGGGGGACGUUGGGGGAGGUCAGUGUGUGGAACAUCUUUGCAUAGAACCGUCUAGGUGCAGAUCCCUUACUGUAUAGCACCAGGAAUUGUGCAAUUAUUUCCCCUGACAUUUUGCUCCUAUGUGAGAUGUGUGAUGAUGCUGAUUGUGAUGAUGAUGAUGACGAUGAUGAUUGUGAUGAUGAUGAUGUUGACCAUGAUGAUGAUAGUGAUGAUGAUGACGCUGAUGAUUGCGAUGAUGAUGACGAUGAUGAUAGUGAUGAUGAUGACAAUGAUUGUGAUGAUGAUUGUGAUGAUGAUGAUGACUAUGAUGAUGAUGAUGUUGACGAUAGUGAUGAUGAUGACGAUGAUGAUGAUGAUUAUGAAUUUCAGCGUUCUCUGGGUGUGUGUUUUUUUUUAAAAUUCUGUAUCGCUUUAAUUUCUCGACCUGUCCCGGUCCUGAGCGGCUGGGACGCCAGACUUGAAACCGGAGGGUGAAUGUGAGGCUGUGAUUUUGGGUCACAGUGUACCGUACUCAGGAUCGUCGGGCCCGUGGGGCACCGCACCCCGUGUUCUGUUAGCGAUGAAAAAUGAGCAUAUCCUUUAAAAAUAAAUACAUAAAUAGGCCUAAUUAACCCUGUAUUACAUCCCAGGUUAACACAUCUGAAAAUGAAACUGUUUUGAACUUUCUUUUCAUUUUUUUUUUUUAGUUUUUGUUCUUUGUUUUCUGCACUGAUGUAGAAAAUAUUGCACUCUUGAGAGCUAGCUAUUGAAAUCUUAAAAAACUAAUAAAUUAAGCCAAUGAGAAUCGCG